CCUGGGCCACGGUAUCUCCGGCAUCCCAACCACUGGGGAAACGAACAAGAUUCUCUAGCCAGGAAGCUACCGGGUCAGCGGAAGCGCCUCCCGGAAGUGAUGCGAGACGUCGCCCUGCGCGCUGGCGGCUGCGUCGGGCUGCAGGAGAAGAUGGCGGUCUCCACAGGAGUUAAAGUUCCUCGUAAUUUUCGCUUGUUGGAAGAACUUGAAGAAGGACAAAAAGGAGUGGGUGAUGGUACGGUUAGCUGGGGCCUUGAAGAUGAUGAAGAUAUGACGCUUACAAGGUGGACAGGCAUGAUUAUUGGGCCACCAAGGACAAAUUAUGAAAACAGAAUAUAUAGCCUGAAAGUAGAAUGUGGACCUAAAUACCCCGAAGCUCCUCCAUCAGUUAGAUUUGUAACCAAAAUUAAUAUGAAUGGAAUAAAUAAUUCCAGUGGAAUGGUUGAUGCACGGAGCAUACCAGUCUUAGCAAAAUGGCAAAAUUCAUAUAGCAUUAAAGUUGUACUUCAAGAGCUAAGACGUCUAAUGAUGUCCAAAGAAAAUAUGAAGCUUCCACAGCCACCAGAAGGACAAACAUACAAUAAUUAAUUUUAGUGGAUCUUAAACUUGUCUUAAAUCAACAACCUUCUACUCAUGUUAAUGUCUUGAUUAAAUAUCACAAUACAAAAUACCCACACAUUAAGUAAAAGAAUCCCAGCUGAUAAACAUGACCUGGACAUUUUUAAGAAUAUAAUUAAUAUAUGUACACCCAUUAUGUUUUCAGGUAACAGGAGGAAAAAUGCAGCACAAUUUUUUUUUCUCUUGUUAAGGCUCUGUCAUUGAAACAUAAACCUAGAGUACUCAAAAUUGAAUUCAGGUUUAUAAGAUGAAAGCAUGACUAGAAGUAUCGGAUGGCUUUGGAAGCAUGUGUAUUUCUGAAAAGUGAAAAAUCGCAAGAAGGAAAAGCUAAUUAGCAUGCUUUGUCCAUCUUGUUUAGAAAAAGAGAUGCUGUUUAAAUUGUCUAAAGUAGCAGGUACAAUGAAUAUUGUCACAAAUUGUAUUAAUUUUUGAAGCGGUGUGGGUGCUGACUACUAGUAGUAUCAAAAAUAUGUUCAGGAUUGUUUUGAUACUUGUAUUUAUAAUAAAAAAAAAUGUCGUGGGGAGAGGUCGAUGAAUUUCUGUUAAAAGCCGUUCCUGUGUGUUACAUGUAACAGACAUGGUAAAUAUUUGUUUACAGUUUUUGUUUGACAAACCAUGCAUUUAAGUUUAAGUGAAAUCAACAAAAAGGAAAUAGGUAUAUGGAUAUGUGAUUUUUGAGAUUAAAGUUAGUCAUAAAAUGUAAAUAAAAUGUGGAAUGUGUCCUCAGAAACUGUGCCAUUUCUAUUAUAUUAAUGUAUAUGUAACAGUAUCUUCUUGAGGUAGCAAAAAUUGGGAUUAUGAUAGCUUUUCAUAUAACACAUCAUUUAUCAGUUAACCUACUGUGAAUACCUGGAAAUAGCAGAGUAUUUCAUAGAAUAAAUACUUAGUUAGUUUAUUCUUUGGAGAAAGAGGGCUUCACAGGCUUUACACAUUAAAUUUUACUUCCUUAAGUAUAUUGUGAAAAAGGUGUUUGAAUUCAAGCAAUUCUUAAAGAAUUAUAUUUUGAUCAAAAUAUACAUUACGUUUUUU